UCUCCAUAUUAUGCACAUCAUUAAAACGUUUCCUUUUUAUCUUAUCUUCACGUCUCUUCUACUUCCUUACAGUUUAUGCUUGCCUUGUUCCGAUGGCAGCCUCUGCUAAACUCUUAUUUUUGUCCUUUCUUACGUUGUUUAUCUCCUCCUCCAUAGCUCAAACCUCUUCCAGACCAAAAGCACUUGUUCUUCCCGUCACCAAAGAUGUUUCUGCCUCUGUUCCUCAGUAUGUCACCCGAAUCAAACAAAGAACCCCACUUGUGCCGGUGAAGCUAACCGUUGAUCUUGGUGGUGGUUACUUUUGGGUGAACUGUGAAAAGGGCUAUGUCUCAUCCACUUCUAAACCUGUCCGUUGUGGCUCUGCUCAGUGCUCACUGUUCGGGUCGCACGGUUGCAGUGGGGAGAAAAUUUGCGGUCGCUCUCCUAGCAACACUGUAACUGGGGUCUCCACAUAUGGUGACAUUCAUUCUGAUGUUGUUGCUACCAAUUCCACCGAUGGAAACAAUCCUGUAAGGGUGGUUUCUGUGCCCAAGUUUCUCUUUAUAUGUGGAUCAAAUGUUGUCCAAAACGGCCUUGCCAGUGGUGUUACAGGCAUGGCUGGUCUUGGCAGGACUAAAGUUUCCUUUCCUUCUCAAUUUGCCUCAGCUUUCAGCUUCCCCAGAAAAUUUGCCAUUUGCUUGAGUUCCUCCACUAUGACAGAUGGUGUUAUGUUUUUUGGUGACGGCCCUUAUAAUUUUGGUUAUUUGAACCAAGAUCUCUCCAAGGUUCUCACUUUCACCCCGCUGCUUACAAACCCUGUCAGCACUGCUCCUGCCUCUUUCUUGGGGGAACCGUCGGUUGAAUACUUCAUUGGAGUGAAAUCUAUAAGAAUUUCUGACAAAGAAGUCCCGUUGAACAAGACCCUUUUGUCUAUAGAUAGAAAUGGCGUUGGUGGGACUAAGAUUAGCACUGUUAAUCCAUACACUGUUAUGGAGACCUCAAUUUACAAAGCUGUGUCUGAGGCCUUUGUGAAAGCAGUUGGAGCCGCUACUGUUGCACCCGUGGCUCCAUUUGGGACUUGCUUUGCGAACCAAGACAUUGGGUAUACACCAAUGGGCCCGGCUGUGCCUACCAUAAAUCUGGUGUUGCAGAAUGAGGAAGUGGUAUGGAGCAUCAUCGGAGCAAAUUCAAUGGUGCGGUUUGAUGAUGUAAUUUGCUUGGGCUUUGUGGAUGCUGGAUCAGGCCCAAGCACAGCCCAAGUUGGAUUUGUGGUGGGUGGUUCUCACCCAAUGACUUCAAUCACCAUCGGAGCACAUCAGUUGGAGAACAACUUCCUACAGUUUGAUUUGGCAACCUCAAGGCUUGGCUUCCGCUCGAUCUUCUUGGAACACGCCAACUGUGCCAACUUUAACUUUACCUCUUCUACUUAGAAUUUGGUUACUCUACUAUAAUCAUAAUUUGUAUUGUAGUAGGUUAAGAUCAAUGUGUGUUUAGACGAGGUGAUGAAUAAUAAGUGAGGUUAUCUUUACUAAUAGCCUUCAAACUUCAUUGCCUUAUGUCUAGUCUGAAAAUAAAGAGCAGGUUGUUCCAUUA